GCUGUGGGUCGGCUGCACCUGCUAGAAACCGUCAGACAGCUGUGCAACGACGGUCGCCCGAUCCCUUGGGAUCCAGGCAAGGGUCCGGGGAAGGACUGGCUAGCUGGCUUCCUCAAGAGGCACCCACGGGUGUCGGAGCGCAAGACUCGCAUUUGCGAGCCAAACAGAAUCACCGAGGACAAGGAGCCUCGCAUCGCCGAGUUCUACAGGAAGUGGACAGCUCUCCUCGACGAGCACAAGCCGGAGGCCGACCACGUGCAACACGGACGAGACAGGUACCACACCGCAAGGCACGAAGACGAUGAAGGCCUUCGCGGAGGCAGGGCACAAUGUGGUUGAGUCGAUGCGGUCCAACUCGCGAGAGAACACCACAGUGGUCACCACGUCACCACCAUCAGCGCCAAUGGUGCAACGUGGGCGCCAACCAUUAUCUUCAAAGGACAGCGACUCCAGCCUGACUGNCAAUGUGGUUGAGUCGAUGCGCGCCAAUGGUGCAACGUGGGCGCCAACCAUUAUCUUCAAAGGACAGCGACUCCAGCCUGACUGGUUCGCCGAGAGGAACGGCCCGAAGGAUGCGAGGUACACGUGCACGGACUCUUCGUUCAUGCAGGGCGACGUGCUCAUCAAGUACCUCAAGGACUUCCAUAUGCAGCUUGACGACCGAGGCGUGCUCGACGGAAAGCCGCACAUCCUCGUGCUUGAUGGGCAUGCCUCACACGUGAGCUACGAGGUCAUCAAAUUGGCCAUGGAACUCAACAUCAUCCUCCUGCUCUCCCACACGUCGCACAUCACCCAGCCGUUGGACGUCGUCGCUUUCGGAACCUUCAAGAAGGAGGUGACUAAAGCGCUGCAAGACUACUAUCACGCAAACGGCGGGUUGUUACCGCUGAAGCGUGACGUGCCCGACGUGAUCGCGGCGGCUUGGCAAAAGAGCUUUACACCGGAGCGGAACAAAGCAUCCUUCGGCGGGGCGGGGCUGUGGCCUGUGGACAUGGAUCGAGCGCUGACCCGGCUUCAGGGCACGGCGAAGAGGAAAGAGGGGCCGACCGGGCGCCCACCCCUAGAGGAUGUCCCCAUCGCCAUGACCCACGAGCAGCUGGAAGAGGCCAUCAGAGAGAGGGGCCUGAGGCAGUUGAAGGCGGGAGGACAUACCACUACCGGACUCAAGGUAGGCACGGUGAUGCUCGGCGGUCUCCUGACUCAGAGGAAGCGCGCCAAGAAACUGGCGACCUCGCGGGGCUCUUUGGGCCUUCCCGACGGAGGCAACAUCAACUCGGAAGAAUUCCUGGCAAAGGUUGACGCAAAGGAACGUGCAGACAAGGCAGAGGCCGAGGCGAAAGCGGAAAGUGGCAGGGAGCGCGCAAGGAAGAAGGAAGAGGCGGCCGCGGCGGCGGCGGCGCGGGCACGGCAGGCGAACACGGGGGAUAGAGGACGGGUAGGGGGCAGGGGGCGCAACGGGAGCGGGAAGGGCGGGGGGAGGGGGGCGGGGACUGAAGGGCGCGGCGUUAGUGUUAGGCGUGGAGGAGGGCGAGGAGGGCGAGGGGGCGCGGGAUGGGUGCGGGACGUGAGGCUACCGGGCAAGGGAGGGGGCGGGAGGCGGCGGGGGGGAGACGCGGCCGAACAGGAGCUGGAAGAGGGGCCUCACCUGGCCGUGGCCAAGGAGCGGCUGCAGCACAAGGGGCGGCUUGGCCCGUUCGCCAGCCGGCACCCUCCUUGUCCCGGGUUGGACGGCAGCGGACGCCGACACCCGUUGUUGACGUGUAGCCGCCUAUGAGGCUCUCGAUGGAUUGUUUUCUAUCACACUCAGAGUAGGACGAAACAAGCUAUAAAAGUCGUCAGUUUUUACGUGGAGUCGAUACGUACCCUCUUGCACGUUGCUUGUUGAUAGUAGCGUAGGCAACGGUGGCGUUAUAGCAUGCCAAUGGGACGGCAGGGGGCGGCGGGGGGCGUUUGACCGAAAACCGGGGAUGUCUUGAUUAUGUCGCCGUGUGACCUCCUUUUGUUUUUUUCGCGAUAAAUGUUUCUCAUUCAUGUCUGAAUGCUCCCUCCAAAUUUUAUGUCGUGGGGAUGUAUGAACAGUCCAGAAUAGACUAUCCAGGGUUAGUGCUGUACGGGGCUGAUUCUUGCCCUAGCGGCACGCAAAAUACCGAAACUAUACCCAUUUUUGAACAACUAUUUUUUGACCGUGACAACUUCUUUCGGAGUGAAUUGUUUUUUCGUGGUCGGCUAUUGACAGGANUCUUGCACGUUGCUUGUUGAUAGUAGCGUAGGCAACGGUGGCGUUAUAGCAUGCCAAUGGGACGGCAGGGGGCGGCGGGGGGCGUUUGACCGAAAACCGGGGAUGUCUUGAUUAUGUCGCCGUGUGACCUCCUUUUGUUUUUUUCGCGAUAAAUGUUUCUCAUUCAUGUCUGAAUGCUCCCUCCAAAUUUUAUGUCGUGGGGAUGUAUGAACAGUCCAGAAUAGACUAUCCAGGGUUAGUGCUGUACGGGGCUGAUUCUUGCCCUAGCGGCACGCAAAAUACCGAAACUAUACCCAUUUUUGAACAACUAUUUUUUGACCGUGACAACUUCU